UCAUCGGGGCUGCAUUUCUCUGGUUCUUCUCUUCUUCCCUUUCCCCCCACCCCAAUUCUCUCGACUCUCCCUUUCCCUUCCUCUUCACCUUCCGCUCCCUACCCUUCCUCCCCUUCCAUUUAGUACUCUAUACUAUCGCUGAGGUCGUGCUAUGUUGUCAGCCUCCUCGCGAUCAUCGCUGCUUCAUAAUUCCGCCCGUGCCUAACCCUUGCUGAGAUCAGAGUCGGCUCCAUCGCUUUUCUCCGCCUCAGCCGUUCGGCGAUGCUAGGCUUGUCCUGCAUCUAUAUGCCGUGACGUUGUUUCUAUAGCGACUAUAACGGACGCCUUUCCAGCCACCAAUCGGCUAGGCUUAUUCAACCUAUAUCUCGAAGUCGGCGCAAUAGCGCAUGAGCUCUGCGAUUCGUCCCUGCUUCGUCUAUCAAUUAUGGGGGUGGAAUGCCAUGGUCCUAUCUGGGCCCGUGAUGACCUCUCUCGUUGUUUCCAACGCAACUACCUACAAGUGAUCCUCCCGCUCACGGCCUGUGGCCUUUCCCUGAUCUUCAUCGUGCUCCACGUUGCAUACGGCUAUCUGUUUUCUCGGAAAAGAGUUUCAUAUAAAAUUUUAGUGAACAAUGCGGAAGAUGAGGAUACGCAAUCCACGGCUGUUGGGGACGAUGAGGAAGGAGAGACAGAUCCAAUGCUGAAGAAUGCGACGCAAAGUGAAUUGCCCCACUUCGAGGUUGAUCGUCCGCGAGGCGAAAUUGCUGUCAUAUCUCUGGAAAUACUUGCGCUUGCCGGAGAGGUGGCCGUUUUCGUGGCCGUUCUCUCAACGGAUGUUUGGGGUCGCCACGGCUCUCUCCCAGCCAUUGCGAAGCUAGUUUCGUGGUCCUAUAUACUAUUUCUGGCUUUGGUUCGGCUGCUCCUGUCGGCGCUGGACCUACACUCCUCUCCUAGGCUCUGGAACCAUACUGCAGCUUUGUACGGGCUGCAAUGGCUGUUCACAGUCUUCGUCUUCCGAUCUGCCGUCAUCUAUCCCUUGUCCAGGCGCGCCCUUACCUUCAGCUCGAUCGAAUUCGCCCUGUCGACUCUUCUGUUGCUCAUCGCACUGACUACCCGUAGAGGGAACAAGUCUGUUCUGAUUUCACACGAGGACGGCCUGGAGCCCGCGAGGCAUCCCACUGCCAGCCUGCUCUCGCUUGCUACCUUCGGCUGGUUGGACUCCUUGAUCCUCAAGGGCUACAGACAGCCUCUGGAGCUUGAUGACGUCUGGGACUUGACUGCGUCUCAGAAGGCCGCCACUGUGCUGGACGACUUCCGCCGAAGACAUUAUCAGGGUGCGUUGUGGUGGAAGCUGGGCCGCUACUUCUAUGGCACGCUUCUUUAUCAGGGCGCCUGGACAAUUUUCUCGAACCUGUUCACGUAUCUACCCACUAUCUUGCUCAGAGUGAUCCUUCAGUACGUCGAGGAUCCGCGUUCCACAACAGCAAAUGCCGCCUGGCUUUAUGCCAUACUGCUCUUCUGUUCCGGGGCCAUUCAAGGUACAGCUGACGGUCAAGCCCUAUGGAUUGGACGUAAACUCGGCGUGAAAAUCCGUGCAAUCAUCAUUGGUGAGAUCUACGCCAAGGCUUUGCGGAGGAAGGCCGGUUCGACCGCCGAAACCGCUCCCAAGAAGGGACCCGAGUCGGAUGACGACAAGAAAAAGAAGGGAGGUCUGUUUUCCUUCGGCCGCAAGAAGAAGAAGGCCGCAACCGAUCCAGAAACAAACGGCACGGCCGCAAAGGAUUCGGAGGGUGAGGAAAAGCAAUUGGCCAACGUUGGUACCAUUAUCAACCUCAUGGCUAUCGACUCUUUCAAGGUCAGCGAAGUUGGUGCCUACCUGCACUUCCUCUGGGCCAGUGUCCCGACCCAGAUUGUCAUCGCUGUUACUCUUCUCUAUCGCCUCCUGGGCUUGAGUUCCUUGGCUGGAAUCGUUAUCAUGGUGCUCAUGCUGCCCGUGAACCUGGUGAUUGCGAAGCAGUUUUCUAAGGUUCAGAAACAGAUACUGAAGGGCACCGAUGCUCGGAUUCAUAGCACCAAUGAGAUUCUGCAGAACAUCCGGAUUAUCAAGUACUUUGCGUGGGAACAACGCUUUCAGGAUAUCGUCAACGAAAAGCGAAAGACUGAAUUGAAGGCUCUCCGCUUCCGGUACAUUAUCUGGUCUUCAGCAGCUACGGUCUGGUACGGUACACCGAUUCUGAUCACCUUCGCCUCUUUCUUCCUGUACACGGUGGUGGAAAAGAAACAAUUGACACCUUCUAUUGCCUUUCCCGCAUUGUCAAUGUUUUCCCUGCUCCGUGUGCCUCUUGAUCAGCUAGCAGAUAUGGUAGCACACGUGCAAGAAUCCAAGGUCUCCCUCGAUCGUGUCGAUGAAUAUCUCAAUGAGGACGAGACCGAGAAAUACAGGCUGCUUGAGAACGAGGAUGCCCAUGGACAGCCACCUAAGAUCGCACUGGAAAAGGCCACUCUCAGUUGGGGCGCCUCCAAGACGGGAUAUUCCGAUGACCCUUCGGAUGACGCCAAGGACAACUUCCGUCUGAUUAACAUGGAUGUGUCAUUCAAGGUCGGAAAGCUCAACGUUAUCACUGGACCCACUGGCUCUGGAAAGACCUCGAUGUUGAUGGCUCUAUUGGGUGAGAUGAAACUUCUGGAAGGAAGAGUCUAUUUACCUGGCGGUACUGCCAACCGGGCGGAGCUUCCCGUGGAUCCGCAGACCGGUCUGAUUGAGAGCGUCGCCUACUGUGCGCAGGAAGCCUGGCUCGUCAAUGCUACCGUAAAGGACAACAUCGUGUUCGCGUCUCCGUUCGACCAACGUCGGUAUAAUGCCGUGAUCAAGGCUUGUGCUUUGGAGAGAGACCUCCAAAUCCUUGAUGCUGGUGACCAAACCCUCGUGGGAGAAAAGGGUAUCAGCUUGUCAGGUGGCCAGAAACAGCGCAUUUCCCUUGCUCGUGCGGUCUACAGUAGAGCCCGCCACCUGCUCCUGGACGAUUGUUUGAGUGCUGUGGACUCGCACACCGCCAAGCACAUCUUCCGCCAGGCUUUGACCGGUCCUCUUAUGAUGAAUCGUUCCUGCAUUCUUGUCACGCAUAAUGUCGCUCUUACAGUCCCCCAAGCGGACUAUGUUGUGGUCCUCAACAACGGUAAGAUUGCGGCCCAGGGUCCUCCGGAUGAUGUCGCUGCCUCAGGCGCCCUGGGUGACGAGCUUCUGAAAUCUCGGCCAACCUCCAGGGCUAGCACCCCUCGUCUCUCCCGUAGACCCUCCGAUGCUGAGGACCCUCAAGAAGGGACCCACGCGAAUGGCUCGGCAGUCAACGAUACCUCCGCAAAGGUUCAGGAAGGAAAGGAUGAUCCAUCCAAACUCAAUGAGUCCAAAAGCGUCGGUAGCAUCAAGUGGUCAACGAUCAAAAUGUACUUGCUUUCUAUGGGGUCUUGGUCGUACUGGGUCGUUGCUGUUCUAGUGUUCUGUCUGCAACAACUGGGAUCGGUCUCUACCAAUAUCUGGAUCAGACAAUGGGCGAAUUCAUAUCAAACCCAUAGCUCUGGACAACCGGAUGCUGGCGACUAUGCGGCCGUGGCCAACUUCAAAAUGCCCUCGUUCAAUGCUGGCGGUGUUCCUCGAACCUCAGUCCUCAGCGCCCCCCAGUUCAGCACGGAAAAGAAUGCUGCCACUAACACUGAUGUCAACGUCACGUAUUAUCUUGGCGUCUACGCGCUGUUGGGUCUGUCUUUUGUUCUGAUCUCCCUUCUGAGGGAAGCCGUUCUUUUCUGGGGUUCGCUUCACGCCUCGUUCACUAUUCACCAACGUCUCUUGAAGUCUGUGAUUCACGCCAAGUUCAAGUUUUUCGAUUCGACCCCCUUGGGCCAAUUGAUGAACCGCUUCUCGAAAGAUGUUGAGGCAGUUGACCAGGAAGUAGCUCCCGUGGCAAUUGGUAUGCUUCACAGUCUGGCAUCUGUGAUAAUGAUUGUGAUUUUGAUCUCCGCCAUCACCCCCGGCUUCUUGAUCGCUGGGAUCUUUAUCACGCUGGUCUAUAUUGCCCUCGGUGCCGUCUACGUGAACUCGUCUCGGGACCUGAAGAGGCUCGAAUCCGUACAGAGGAGUCCGUUGUACCAACAGUUUGGAGAGACUUUGAAUGGUAUCGUCACCAUCCGCGCCUAUGGUGAUGGACCGCGAUUCAUCGUCGAUAACCACCGUCGAAUCAAUGCCUACAACCGGCCUCACAUCUACCUUUGGGCAAGCAACCGCUGGCUGGCGCUGCGCGUUGAUGUCACCGGAGCUCUGGUGUCUUUCUUCACGGCUGCCUUCGUCCUCGCUAAUGUUGGGAAGGUCGACGCGGGUGCUGCCGGACUUUCGUUGACCUACGCGGUGACAUUUACCGACAAUAUUCUAUGGCUGGUCCGGUUGUACUCCGAGGUCCAGCAGAAUAUGAACUCGGUGGAGCGAGUGAACGAAUACCUUGAGGUCGAACAGGAGGCCGAUGCUGUCAUUGCCGACUCCAGACCGCCAUCUCAGUGGCCCAGCGGGGGUUCCGUUGAGUUCGUCAAUUAUACCACGCGGUACCGGUCUGACCUGGAUCCUGUCCUCCGGAAUGUGUCGUUCAAGGUUCAACCUGGGGAGAAGGUUGGCAUUGUUGGUCGUACCGGUGCUGGAAAGAGUUCACUCGCCCUUGCGCUGUUCCGCGGACUUGAGGCCGAGAAGGGACGCAUCGUUAUCGACAAUGUGGACAUCAGCAAGAUCGGCCUUCGCGACUUGCGUGAAGCAAUCACCAUCGUUCCACAAGACCCUACUCUCUUCACCGGUACCAUCCGGACCAACCUUGAUCCAUUCAACCUGUUCAGUGACGAACAAAUCUUCACCGCUCUGCGCCGCGUCCAUCUGAUCGGCCCCGGAACCUCGGGCACUGCUACACCCAUGACGAGCAGCACUAUUGCCGAGCCCAGCACGAACGGGGUUACCAGCAGUACUGUGCUUGACAAUAAGAAUAUCUUCUUGAACCUGGAGACGGCCGUUUCCGAGUCCGGGUCCAACCUGUCCCAGGGUCAGCGCCAGCUCCUCUGCCUGGCCCGUGCCCUCCUCAAGAACCCCAAGGUUCUCAUGAUGGACGAAGCCACCGCCUCGAUUGACUACAACACGGAUUCCAAGAUCCAGGAGACCCUGCGCGAACUUCGCGAAAGCACGAUCAUCACCAUUGCCCAUCGCCUGCAAACCAUCAUCGACUAUGAUAAGGUGCUGGUGCUUGACCAUGGUCAGGUGAUUGAGUUCGAGCAUCCCUGGACCUUGAUCAAUCGGGAGGAUGGUCUCUUCCGAAGCAUGUGCGAGAACAGUGGAAAUAUGGACGGUCUCUUGGAGGGUGCCAAGAAGGCCUGGGAAAGCACCCACGGCGCAAGCGCCUCAACAUAGAGCUGCAUAUAUUAAGUCAUCUGUACUAAGGGGAUUGUUUUCAUUCUGAUUGCAUACAUACAUCCCUGCUGUUCUUUUCGCUGUGAAUUCUUUAUUUCUUGCAGCGGGGCCAUAAAAGUUAUGGUACAUAAUUAAGUGAUCGGAUUUCAUUAUAAAACUGGCGCAUUGACGUCCAUGUAUGUGUCUGUCUGUCUGUGUCUGAGUCCAGCAUCUUGUUUUAUCUGUUUACUACAUAUGAAAUAGAGAAUCGAAC